GGCUUUUGUAUAAGCAUGGUGUGUCUUUUUUUUGCUGCAGAAGAAUACAGUUGUGAAUAUGGCUCGCUCAAGUUUUAUGCUCUCUGUGGCUUUGGUGGGGUCCUAAGUUGUGGCCUGACACACACUGGAGUCGUACCUCUGGAUUUAGUCAAAUGCCGUAUCCAGGUGGAUCCACAAAAAUAUAAGAAUAUCUUCAAUGGAUUCUCAGUUACAAUUAAAGAAGAUGGUGUUCGUGGUUUGGCUAAGGGAUGGGCUCCAACCUUUUUUGGCUAUUCCAUGCAAGGGCUCUGCAAAUUUGGUUUCUAUGAAGUCUUCAAAGUCCUGUAUGGUAACCUUCUAGGAGAGGAAAAUGCUUAUUUGUGGCGUACAUCGCUAUACUUGGCUGCAUCUGCUAGUGCAGAGUUUUUUGCUGAUAUUGCUUUAGCUCCAAUGGAAGCUGCUAAAGUUCGUAUUCAGACACAGCCUGGAUAUGCUAACACUCUGAGACAAGCGGCUCCAAAAAUGUAUGCAGAAGAAGGUGUCUGGGCUUUCUACAAAGGUGUUGUCCCACUAUGGAUGAGGCAGAUUCCAUACACAAUGAUGAAAUUUGCCUGCUUUGAACGUACAGUUGAAGCUCUCUACAAGUAUGUGGUUCCCAAGCCCCGGAGUGAAUGUUCUAAGGCAGAACAGCUGGUGGUCACGUUUAUUGCUGGCUAUAUUGCUGGUGUCUUCUGUGCCAUUGUUUCUCAUCCUGCUGAUUCUGUAGUGUCGGUGUUGAAUAAGGAAAAGGGUAGUUCUGCCUCACAAGUGCUUGUGAGGCUUGGGUUCAGAGGUGUAUGGAAGGGUCUCUUUGCCCGUAUUAUCAUGAUUGGUACCCUGACUGCACUACAGUGGUUCAUCUAUGACUCUGUGAAGGUUUAUUUCAAACUUCCUCGCCCACCUCCACCUGAAAUGCCAGAGUCUCUGAAGAAGAAGCUUGGUUUGACUGAAUAGAUGAAUAACGGACUGACCAGCAACUAGUUUCUUGGAACUUUUAUAUUUGACCAUGUAGGACACUGAAGUUCUGUAUUUCAUGUAAUUAUUGGCUGUGCCCUUCUCUCAUGUGAGGGUUCAAAAAUGUCUUUCACUGUCAUUAUUUGAAAUAAACAGGAACUAGAGCAAC